UUAGUAGGCCACCAACGAAAAACAAAUUUGAUUUCAAUUUUCAACGUAUAAAAUAAUGGAUAAAAUACCUUUGCAACAUACCUACGUUAAAGAACGCCGUCAGUUCGGCCGACCUGUUAAAUUUUUCUUGAGAAGUGAAGUCCUUGCCGAUUAUCUACCUGUUAAGAAUGAAAGAAAACGUUUCCUUGCAAAAUGGACUAUGGACAAGUCUACAGAGGAAAGAACUCAAUUCGCUGCAGUCAGUGUUAACACCGAACGUGCAGACUAUGUUUCAACGGGUAUGUGUCAUGUUGAGGGCGGAUAUGCGAAAGAUAUCGAUAUCGCUGACGAAGAACAAACACUUCGAUACAAAAAGAAACUCCAACGUAGCGAAGAGUAUCGAAUCGAAAUGACCAGAAAUCUGGAGUCGAUGAAGAAAGCAGUCAUGCAAAAUGCAGGUGUUAAUAUUUACGAGAACUAUUUUGAUAGCUGCGCUGACGGUGCUAAAGUAUUGCAGUGCUUUCGUCAUCCGAAUACAGAUGUCCUGUGUCCAGCCAGCAAGGUUUCCAUUUCGAUUGAACAAAGUCCAAAGAUAGCUGUAGCUUAUUCGCAAUCCGUUUUACAAGCAGAAAAGGUUAUAUGUCCUCUUGUCUGGGACAUAACUCAGAACGAAUCCGUAGAAUUGAGCUGCGAAUCAUCUUGCAGCACACUAGCAUACCACAAGAAAUACUGGAAUAUAAUUGCUGGUGGUUUACAAAAUGGUGAAGUCUGCUUAUGGGACGUUAGAAAUCCCACCGAGCCUUGUAUUGUUGCGGAUCAGACACAUAAUGGCUACGUAUCUUGUCUGCGAUGGUCUCACAAAUGUAAUUAUCAAAUGCUAACUGGAUCGUCUAAUGGAGAAGUUUUCUGGUGGGACAUUCGAAAAAUGAAUGGACCUCCAUCUCAAUUUAUAAUUGAACGAUUCGAUGGAGGCAACAUAGAAUCAGCCUCGAACCAAAGUGUCUGUACUUCUGUUGAAUUUGAUAAAAUUCACAAAAAGAACAUACGAAUUGGAACUGGCGAUGGACGAAUUAUUGUCGCACACAAAAAUGAAGGAAAAAUCGAGAAACUGUCCGAUAUUAGAGGCCACGAAGACCCCGUCUCCACUAUAGUUCAGAAUUGGUCGUCAUACAAAUGCAUUUUGACUGUCGAUGGUUGUGACAUUAAAGUCUGGGAUGAAGAUAUGAAUACCGAUCCCUACUUCACUGUGUCAUCCAUUGUAAAUGAAUUUACUUGUGGCAUUUGGAGCCUCACCAGAUAUUCGCGAUUUUAUAUCGGGAAGGUCGAUGGAUCAAUUCAAUUUUGGGAUUUGACUUUCAACCAUGCCGAGCCGUAUUUCACUUUGAAACCGUCCAACAGUCGCGUAAACGACAUUCAAACUAACAAUUACGGAACUUUGAUGGUUUCUUGUCAUAAUAAUGGAGAUGUUUACGCACUGGAACCGCUCGAUACUGUACCCGGAACGGUCAGAGAAUUCAGUAUUGAAGAAAUGAAUUUCGGUGAUGAUGAUGGCGGUGAACAAUGAGAAAGCCCACACAGAACAUUUUAUCUUUGAGAGUGACUACGUUACUCAUAAAAAACACAGUUUAUUCGGUUAACAACGUUCCUGGUUCUAAAUUUUAAAUAAAAAUAACAUUAAAUACAAACGCAAAAAAAA